CGGCGUCAAAUCGAGCAGACCUGUGCCGCUCCGUAGAGCGAGUUCGUCCAAAUAAAAAAAGAAUUAUACGAAAUUCCGCCUGUGUUAGGAGCAGAGAAAAGAAUAAUUUUAAACCAACAUACACAAUCAGUUAGUUUCCACCGACAGUCCGCAGAAACCAUUCGACGGCAACGGAACGGGCGCGCGAUUGUCGGCAAUCCGUAAGAUAGCCAAAUAUUAUUAUUGUUCAGAUACUCACUGAGGGCGUUGAUAAAAGAUCAGCCAGACAACUGCAGAUCCGAGUGGAGUGUUUUGAAAUCAGUGAAAUUCUGUGUGAAAAAUCGUUGAUUUAUUAAUAUUCAAGAAUAAAAGUUCCCAGCGAAUUUCAUCAGCUGGAGUAACCGAAGUGACCCACCAAGCAAAUCGAACAACACAAAUCGAUCGAACGUGUAAAAGGACUUUCGGUUUCAUUAAGCGUGUGCAAUUGCUGAUUUUCCCCGGCAAAGCGGACUUUUUGCGGAAUGAAUGAAAUAAAAAAAAAACAGCAGUGGCAACUAUAAUAAUAAAAACAACAACAGUGCAACAACAGCCGGGGCAUCUUCAUAGAUUUUGGCUCUCCUGAAGCAACAACUUCUGCCUGCACUUGGUAUAUGUACUUAUCACAUAGACAUAUAUAUACGCACAGAUAUAUAAAACAAAAACGAUCGCUUCUCGUGCCAGCGCGUGUGAUUGUGUGCGUUCCCAUGUUGCAUAUAUAUAUGCACAAAAAAUAUAUAUAUUUAUCUAGAGCCGACUGUUGCGACGACUUUUCUAUAUAAUCGGCUAGUGAGCACGCAGACAUCGAAAAGGUGCACAAAUACAUCAGCAGAUGCGGGUAUAUAUGUAUUGCACAUAUAUCUAGCCAAAGCCAAAGUAGAAGAUAUAUAUGCGUAUAAGCUGAACGCGGCGCACUCUGCUCUGUUUUUUCUUUUAUAAUUACUUUUGUCUAAAAUUAGAAGACGUGUGUGUUGUGUGUGCCCCGUCCGUGUAUCCGUAUCCGUGAGAUACGCGAGAGUGUCCGCGUCUGCUAUAUCGCACAUCAUCAUCGCCGUACACCAUCCGCCGUCCAAUAUCCACCAUCAUCAUCAUCAUCAUCGCCAUCCCCAUCAUCAUCGUCGUCGUCGUCAUCAGAGAUCAGAGAUCUGCAGCGGUGUGUGUGCCAGAAAAGACGACUCGUGAAUCAGACUACGGCUACGACUACGGGUGCGACUACGGCUAUAUAGGCGAGAGAUCGCGUAUACGGCCAGACAAACAUUAUCGUAUAUCUGGCGCCGAGGAUUACAAUUACAAGAGCAGCAAACGCAACAGCAGCAGCAGGAGCGGCAGCCGAAGUUAAAGCCGAAUACGAGUACGAAUACGAGUACGAAUAUCCGAGCCCCACAAACGAAUACGAAUACAAAUACGAAUCCGAACCCGAAUCGAGGCGAUACGAAACGAUCGCGCGCGUGAAAAGCCUCGUGAAGAAAAGCGCUACGAAAAAAGUGGGGGAAAAAUCAAACGCCACGCGACCUUAGGCCCGUCCAAUUUUGGGGGGGGGCGUGCAGCGGGGCGUGGCCGUGCGUCGACUCCUAGCGAUCGCUCAAGUGAAACGCGGCGAAAUUCUGUUCAGAUAACAAAAAUGAGUCACCAAAAUAAGCAGCAACAGCAACAGCAGCAGCAGCAACAUCAAAAGCAACAGCAACAAUCGAGUGCGGCAAAGUGUUCAUAAAUUAAUGCUAGGCAUACAGUGUGUUAGACCAGUCCGAAAUACACUAUCCCCCUCUCUCUCGCUCUCGAACAGUCCGUCUCUCUCUUGCCCCUGCUGUCGCUCAAAAUGCUACGAAACUAUCGAAAGUAUUUGCAGGAUAAACGGAAAUACGACAAGCCACAACGACGAGGCAGCGAAUUUUACAUUUGUCACGUUUAGGCAAAUUGCAAGGACAAAGGACACACCAACCCCCCAGCAGCAGCAGCAGCAGCAGCAGCAGCAGCAGCAGCAGCAUCACGCAGCAAUACGCAGCAGCAGCAGCAAAGCGCAGCAGCAACACUCGCUAUCGAGAUUUUGUACAUAAAGUCGGGGCAAUAGCAGCAACAACUUUGGAGGACGCCAUGUAUGCGCAACAUUUGCGCAAAUGGAGUCUAAAAACAAAAAAGCAACUAAUGCCAUUGAUAUUGCUAAUUAUCAGCUACAUGUUGCUACUAAACACAUGUGUGUUGUCGUCGUCGGCGACGACGCAGCAGCAACAACAACAGCAGCAGCAGCAGCAGCAUCUUCCAAGAUUAUGGGAAGGCAGUGCCGAAGAAAGCAGCUACUAUAUACCACUGAGUUCGGAUAAUGGCAGCGGGAGCAGUGAAAGCUCCGCCGAGAGCGGUAGCAGCAGCAGUAGAAGCAGCAGCAACAACAUCGACAACAAUAUCUUAAGUAGGCUGCUCAGCCUCAACAGCAAUAGUCUUAGUAGCCGUAGCAAUGUUAAGUUAAAGCCAGCAACAGUAUUCGACGCCGGCAGCAGUACACCCGCUCAGCAGGAGCAACAUGUGGCUGCCGUGCCAGAGCAGCAGCAGCAGCAACAGCAGCAGCAGCAGUCAAUGCAAAAAGUUCCAAAUACGUUAAUCAAUAGUCAAAUAUAUAAUUUAUUAUACAAUGGCAUGCCCAGCGAGGCGGCGAGCAGCAAAAUGCGUCGCCACAUUCAACCAUCACAGCUGCCACAUCAGCCAGAGAGCAGAGCGCAAUUACCGAGCAACUACAGCAGUCGGCCGGCGGUGCGGAGCUAUCUAAUCGAGUCCUACGAGAUGCCAGAGAGCAUGUUAGAGGAUCGCAGUCCGGAGCAGGCGGCGCGAAGUCGUCGGGAUGGCAGCAACACCAACGGCAGCCGGCAGCAACAGCGCACCGGCCACCGGCAACAGUUGCAGCAGGACAAGCGCGAUCACCGCCGCCAGCGGCAGGAUCAGCAGAAGGAGCAGCGCCAGCAGCAGCAGCAGCGUCAGCACAAGAGCGGCAACAAGCACCAGCAGCAGCAGCAGCAGCGCAGGAAGCACCAGCGGAAGCACCAGCGAUACAACCGCUAUUGCUCCGCCCGAGAUCCCGCCCAGUUGGCCUUUGCGGCACCCACCGUUUUCCAGGGUGUCUUCAAGUCGAUGUCCGCCGAUCGGCGGGUGAACUUCUCGGCCACCAUGAAGGUGGAGAAGGUGUACAAGCAGCAGCACGAUCUUCAACUGCCCACGCUGGUGCGAUUGCAGUUCGCGCUGAGCAACUCCAGCGGCGAGUGCGACAUCUACAGGGAGCGACUGAUGCCGCGGGGCAUGCUCCGCUCCGGGAACGAUCUGCAGCAGGCGUCGGAUAUAUCCUACAUGAUGUUCGUGCAGCAGACGAAUCCAGGCAACUUCACCAUCCUCGGCCAGCCCAUGAGGGUCACACAUUUAGUGGUGGAAGCGGUCGAAACGGCUGUGAGCGAAAAUUAUACACAGAACGCAGAGGUCACGAAGAUCUUCUCGAAGCCGAGCAAAGCCAUCAUCAAGCAUGGAAAGAAGCUGCGUAUCGUCUGCGAGGUGUCGGGUCAGCCGCCGCCGAAGGUCACCUGGUUCAAGGACGAAAAGUCCAUCAAUCGCAAGCGCAACAUUUACCAAUUCAAGCAUCACAAAAGACGUUCCGAGCUAAUAGUGCGCUCCUUCAAUAGUUCCUCCGAUGCGGGCAGGUACGAGUGCCGGGCCAAGAAUAAAGCCAGCAAGGCGAUCGCCAAGCGCCGCAUCAUGAUCAAGGCCUCACCAGUUCACUUUCCCACGGACCGGUCAGCCUCGGGCAUACCCUGCAAUUUCGACUACUGCUUCCAUAAUGGCACCUGUAGGAUGAUCCCGGACAUCAACGAGGUCUAUUGUAGGUGCCCAACCGAAUACUUCGGCAAUCGUUGCGAGAACAAAUGGCCCGACAGUAGAUAUUUUGUUGCAAUCUACGGCCAAAUACAUACCUUAAAUAACGACUAUUAAUGCAUAGAAUUUUGUUUCAUUAUUUUUAUGAUUUUAUAAACAAAACGAAAAACAAAAAAAAAAUCGAACUCCCUGCACUCCAAAAACGUGGACAAUUGUAAUUUUUUACGUUUAUUAAAAAAUUAGAGAAUUUGUUGCACCAGCUGACCAUGCCCAAAAACCCAUCACCGUUCUCAAAGUUUGCAACUACAAAGAAUACAUAUCCGAAAACAGAAAACAGAAAACAUUUCAAAAUUCGUACAAUUCCCCUCGCCUAGAGUUCCUUCUUCCCGAGCGAAAAGUUCCAGAUCCAGACUGACUUUAGCUACGUUUGUUCUUGUGCACGGUGACAGAAUAUCUUAAAUGUAUAAAUCGGAUGUAUGAAAGCUGAGCAGAAUUUUAAAUUAUUUAUUUUACGAAAUAUAUCACAUACAUAUAACAUCUAAGAUCGAAGUUUGCGGUUCAAAGUUCGAGAGCAAAGCAUUACCGAUUCGACCCUGACUUUGACAUUGUUGCGCUUUUGUUGUUGUAUCAUAGACAAUAAUUUUAAAAUGAUAACAAAGGUUGACGUAGCCGAGAACUUUGUAAUAAAUCCUGUAAAUAGCUCUCGUUUUAACUAACGAUAAGUUUUGUGUACAUUUCAACUAAGGUAAUGCAAGCCCUUCUUUAACCGUAAUUUAUUGUAUUUAAUUACACCUAAAUUAAACGUAAUUAUAGCUAUAAGCUCACACACACACACACACACACACACGAACACCCCACACAGACACCAUGGAGCUACUUAAUUUCGAAAUACUAUUUUAUUUGUCCUCGUUUUUUUUGGAUUUGCGCAAUUUCAACACCAAAAUAUGUAAAAUGGCAAAUUAGUUUUUAUUUCUUCACAAUGUGUAUGUUGACAUCAGUUUGUAUGGCUAGGCGUAAAGCAAGAAAGUGCGUAGAGAUUAUUUUUAGUUAUUUUAAGUGGCAAAUUUUUUAUAUAUUUAAUUAUUGAAAGAUUUAUACCAAAAAUACCAUGUAAAGUUUAAUUUUAAUUUAAAACAAAACAUUAAACAAACAAAAACGAAAAAAAAACAACAAAAACAAACAAAACGAUGCGUAAGAAAAAACUUAAUUAAAAAUUUGCAAAUAAUUCACAUUUUACAAAC